UUUCUGCAGCUAUGUCCACUCAGGAGCUCUUUGUUGCUGCAGCUCGUAAAUGUCUGUGUAUUGGUAGAAAAUCUCUUUCUGGUCUUCACAGUCUGGACCUGGCUGCUCAGGUCUUGGCUGUUGAUUUGGGGCUGAAACCUGCUCUUCUGUAUGACAGUAAUGGCGCUCGUGUAGAGCAGGUGCAGCAGUAUUUGAGUUUGCUGCAGUCUUCUCAGCUUGUGUCUAAAUCACUUCUCACAUUGGAUUUGAAUGGAAACACCCUUAUUGUUAAUCCAGUUACAGUAAUAUCAAAUCUAGAACAGGUGCUUUGUGAUAGUCAUGUGGCUGUGAUUGAUGUCUGCUACUCCCUGGAGAAGCCCACAAUCACUAACCCUCUCACAGCAGAGCUGAAAAACAUGACACAACAUUUACUGCUUCUUCUAAGAGGAUUUGAAGAAGUGAGGGAGGCUGAGAAACCCCUUUAUCUUGGAGAGGAGUGUGAAGAAUGGAACCUUUGCACACUCUUUGGUCUUUUAUUGGGUUACCCCGUCACCUACUGGUUUGAUCAGACCAAGAGUUUUGAAAACUGUCUGUCUAUGACUCCCCUGAUGGUGACUACAGCUGCAGCAACAUGGCAGGCAGACACUGCAUGUCACAGAUGUUGUCUGUACUCAUUCAGCAUCCCAGCAGUUCUACAUGAAGAGACGCAGCCCAACCUGGAGUCCUGGAGGAGUCGUUUACAAGAAAGAUUUCAGCAGCAAAAUGUCCUGCAGGAUCUCACUGUUUGUCAAACCAUAGCCACUCUGCCCUCAGUCUGUUUGUGAUGCUGACAGUUUGUCUUUACAAUAAACCACUGUGGAAUAA